AUGCCUCUGGAGGACAAUACCCUCCGAGAAGUCUGGGCCUCUGAAAGUGAGCUGGAGGAGGAAUCCGCAAUCCCUGAGCUGGAGACGCGCCCCAAACAGCGUCUCGCCGCAGGGCAGAAGCCAAAGAAGAAGCGGCCUGAACCCCAGGAGUGCCCCAGCCCGGCCGGAGCCAAACCCCGGAGAGGCGCAGCCGCAGGGCAAGAGGAAGAAGAAGAGGACGAUGAGGAGGAAGAGCAGGAAGAGAAAAAGAAAGAGAAAGUCUCUCUUUUAAAACCUUCAAAGAAAGUCCUCAAAGGGAAAGCAUAUGGAGACACAAAGGGAAAAGAGACCCAGCCCCAAGGAGAUCAGGGAAGCCCUGCUGUCCCCCAGAAAGCUGUCCGAAAUAAGAAGAAGGAAGCAGCAGAAGGAGCUUCAUUUGGGGAGGAGUCCAAGAUAAGAAAGGGCAAGAAGAAAGGAUCUGGUGAGGCUGCAAAGGACUCCACUGGGACACCUACUGGAAACAGAAAGAUGCCAGCAUCUAUGUUCCAGGCUGGAGGAGGUGGCCCCACGGAAAAACCAUUGAAGAAGAAAGCCUCCCCCAAAGUCCCAGAAGCUGAGAGUGAGGAGGAAGAGGCAACAACCAAGAACAGCAAUCGAAAGGGAAAAGGGAAAGGAAAAGGGAAGGUCCCAAAGAAGGAGGAGAGGCCCCCAUCACCCCCCAUUGAGGUGGAUGACCCCAAGGAGUUUGUGCUGCGCCCAGCACCACAGGGUAGGACUGUGCGGUGCCGGGUUACCCGUGACAAGAAGGGAAUGGACCGAGGAUUGUACCCCUCCUACUACCUGCACCUGGACAGUGACCGGAAGGUAUUCCUCCUAGCUGGCCGAAAAAGGAAACGCAGCAAGACGGCCAAUUAUCUCAUCUCUGUUGACCCUACUGACCUGUCCCGGGCAGGGGAAGACUUCAUUGGCAAGCUCAGGUCUAACCUUAUAGGGUCUCGAUUCACUGUGUUUGACAAUGGAAAGAAUCCCCAUCAUGGAGGGGCAGAUGUGGGGACCUACCGACAAGAACUGGCAGCUAUCAUCUAUGAGACCAACGUUCUGGGCUUCCGGGGGCCACGUCGAAUGACGGUCGUUAUCCCAGGGAUGAGCUCAGAAAAUGAGAGGAUCCCAAUCCGGCCUCGAAAUGCUAGUGAUGGGCUUCUGGUGCGCUGGCAGAACAAAACGAUGGAAAAUCUGAUAGAGCUACACAACAAGACACCCAUCUGGAAUGAAGAGAGUGGCUCCUACACCCUCAAUUUCCAAGGACGGGUCACCCAGGCCUCUGUCAAGAACUUCCAGAUUAUACAUUUGGAUGACCCUGACUAUAUUGUCCUGCAGUUUGGCCGGGUGUCAGAGGAUGCAUUCACUCUGGACUAUCGAUACCCACUUUGCGCCCUACAAGGCUUUGCUAUAGCCCUCUCCAGCUUUGAUGGGAAGCUGGCCUGCGAGUGA